AAUCGUGUUGGAUAUAAAAGCAGCUUCCAAAGUGGAUUUAACUUAGUAGAAAUCGAGCAGCUUAAAAUGAACAGAAUCUUUGUGUUGAUUUUUGUCUUGGGAGGAACGCUGAUCGAGGCACUGCCACUGAUAUCCUCCUCGGAGAGCGAUCAGAUCAUAGACUUGAGUUCCUUGGGAGCUGAUUUAUAUGGCACACCGGAUCAGGAACGAACUGCCGCAUUGGUGGCCAACUACACUGAGGAGACGGACGAAGUGAAUCCCGAGGAAUUGGGCAGUUACCUGGAGGGAGACAUGCUCGUUCCAAGCACUCUGCAGAUGAUGAGAAGCGGUCUUCCCACCGUAUCGCAUCGCUGGUCUCAAGCUAUUGUGCCCUACGAGAUCAAAAGUAGAUUCGAGGAGCUGGAGUUGAGCACUCUCCUGGCUGCCAUGGAGGAGUUUCACGAUCACACCUGCAUCCGAUUCGUGCCGCGUGUCUAUGAGUUGGAUUACAUUUCCAUCGGCAAUGACAGAUCCGGCUGUUGGUCAGCGGUGGGUCGCAGGGGUGGCAGACAACCGGUCAAUCUCCAGACACCAUCAUGUCUCAGAAAAAUCGGCACUGUCAUCCAUGAGCUGAUGCAUGCUCUGGGAUUCCUGCAUGAACAGAAUCGCGAGGAACGGGACGAGUAUGUGCUCAUCAAUCAGGAGAAUAUUCGCCAAUCAUAUUUGAAGAACUUCAGGAAGGCGAAUAGCACAGUGAACUUUGGAGUUGAAUACGAUUAUGGCAGCAUUAUGCACUAUUCUAGAAAGGCAUUUUCCCGCAACGGUCUACCGACAAUGAAGGCAAUUAAAAAGAGAUAUGGCGUUCGAAUGGGACAGCGAUGGGGAUUUUCCGAAUCAGAUGUCCAAAAACUGAAUCGGAUGUACAACUGCACUGUUGAGGAAGAAUUUAUGACUCAACCACAUGAAAGUAAUUCUGCAGAGGACACGAAAGAGGAGACAAAUGAAGAGACAAACGAGGAGAUGAUUGAUAAAACAGAUCCAUACAUUCUCAAUAGUUUAUCCUAAUUACCUAACGGAUCUGAAUAAUAUGUAUGAUACUUUAACAAAUAAAUUAACAGUCUGAUAUUAUCAUA